AUGGAUAAGAAUAGAAAGAACCAUUUGUGGUCUGCUCGUUCCGAUGCUGUGAAAUCCUUAAAGGAAAAUUAUGAAGAAAUUAAACAUUGUUUACGUCAUUUUUCCUCAAACAAAGAUGAAAAACCAUUAACAAGGUCCGAAGCUGCCGAUUUACAUAAAAAACUUGAUACAUUUGAGUAUGUACUGUUACUUACUAUAUGGGAAAAGAUUUUAGAGAGAAUAGAUGCUUCAAACAAGACUCUUCAACAAAAAGACGAAUCCCUAAAUAUAGCAGUUUUAAUAUAUGAUUCAUUGAUAGAUUUCAUACAAACUGUUAGAGAUGAUUUUGACAAUUUAGAAAAAGAAGCAGAAAAAGUUAAAGAUAUUGCAUAUACUAAUGAUAAAAAACGGCAGAAAAUACGAAAACUAUUUCAUGAUGAAAUUCCAGAACAUGAAAUAAGAUUCAGUGGCAAAGAACAUUUUAAAGUUAAUAUUUUUUUUGUUGUAUGCGAUUCUUUAAUUAGCAACAUUAAAAAAAGAUGUGAGGGAUAUAAAACUAUUAACAAUAAAUUCAAAACAAUUUGUCAUGAUAGUAAUGUUAAUGACUCUUCAAUAGAGGAAUUAAAAUGUUAUGAACAAGAUUUAAACCUAGCAGAACUGAAAAAUGAAGUAUUACAAUUUAAGACUUUUAUAAGUAAAGAAAAUAUGUCGCCUGUAUCUAUGUGGUCAUUUAUUCAGGAAAAUAAUAUUAUUGCAACAUUCCUUAAUUUAAACAUAAUUCUGAGAAUUUAUUUAACACUUCCAAUAAGCAAUGCCAGCGGUAAAAGAUCAUUCUCAGUACCCCAGAAUAAAAAAUUUUUUAAGAUCCACAUUAGGCCAACAAAAAUUAAAUAG